AUCCUGAAGUCACACCCCAUAUUUCUCAUCAAGUAGUUCAAACCACCAAAAGAUGGCAAUGAAUUCUCGCUCUGUCUCCUUAACGCUCUUCUCCUUGGUGGUGGUCACCGCCGUCUUCUCCGCCGCACAUGGUGCCCGGAAAGAACUAGUGCCCGGCGGCUGGAGCCCCAUUAAGGACUUGAAGGAUCCUGUGGUGGUGGAAAUCGCAAACUUCGCCAUAAACACCCACAACAAAGAGGCUAAAAGCAACCUGGUAUUUAAGAGCGUGAUCGGAGGAGAGUCUCAAAUCAUCGAAGGCUUGAAUUACAAGCUUGAUAUCGAGGUGGAGGAAGGCAAUUGUUUGAAUAAGUACGAGGCUCUGGUUUGGGAUAAACCUUCAGAGAAAUUACUCACCUCCUUCAAAAAAUUAUGAGUGUGCUUUAAUUCUUGUAUGUUUAUUAACGAAAUAUAAAUCUAG